CGGGUCCCGGCGCGGUCGGAGCCGAGGGAAUGCGUCCCAGGUGAGUCCCGGCAUCGGCACCGAGCGAGGGAGUCCCGGGACCGGGUGAGUCCCAGUACGGACUAUCGGCACUGACACUGACGUUCGAGUGUGGAAGAGAUAUUCCUGUGGUCUCUUGAAGGCAUAGCUGUCACCUGACCUCUUCUCCAAAGCUUUUCCUCUCUAUUUGCACUGCAUUUAAAGAAAGUCCAGAACAGUCACGUCUCCUCAAACACACGUGGCCUGCUGUACGUGCUGAGCAAGAGGAAGAGCCCUUCAUCAUCCCAGUCACGUGUGGACCUGAGAGGAGAAGGAGGAGGAGCCAUUGUUUGACCUGAGCUUCUGGGGAGGAUAGAUCAAAAAUGUUCACUGGGUAUGACGACGCUGAGGAUUCUGAAGCGUACGAAGAUGAACUUUAUCACGAGGAGUCAUCCAGUGAGCAGAGUGUUGAUAGUGAGGUGGAGUUCCAUCUCUAUAGCCAGAUCCACUAUUCCCAGAAUCUUGGAGAAAUCAGCAUGCUGGGAAUUGACAAAGAAGCUGGUGUUGCAGAAGUUAUGGGUCAUAGUUCAGCUCUAACUGAGAAACAGGAUGAAGACAAGAAACCUGUUUCUUGUCAGGAUGAAGAAUUCACUGAUGGUGGUGCUCAGCUUUCAGAUGAUGCUGAGAUAAUUGUCCUAUCUGACACACCAGAUGAAGUCAGCAUCUACAAAAGCAAAGCAAAGAAGUCAAGAAGCUUUUCAGCUCAAGAUAAAACACACAUCCACCCUGUAUCUUCCACACCAAGUCAUGCCAGAGCUGCUGGAUAUAAUGCCCUGUGUCCCCCUGGAUCAGGUGUGGGCAUGCCAAGGCAGAGGAAAAAAGCUGUUGGGAGGCCUGGCCCAAUCCAUUCUGCUGGAGCUGAGUCCACCCACGACGUGUUGGUAAUAGAUGACAGCUCAGAGGAGGCGAGCUUGAUCUCUGACAGUGAUAAUGUCGAGAGCUGGAUGCUUUUGGGAGCUGGUGCAGAUGACAGGGAUGGAGACAUCAUUUUGAACCUUGAGGGCUGCGCCACUCCUGCCAGUGAAGGAGAAGUUGAUGUGGACUGGUCCGUCUCUGAUAAAGACUUAGAGGCCCAGAUCUCCAACUACGCCAGGGUGAGGCACAGCAGCACAAGGUACUACACAGCUGACAAAAACAUCACCAGCAGGAACUGCAACAGACCAGGACAUUUGUCCAAGAACAGUCCCACUCCAAAGAAAGUUCCCCCUUGUUGCCUGUGUGCAGGAAAAGACCAUCUGCAGCACAGCUGCCCAGCACGUUUCUGUCUGAACUGCUGUUUGCCUGGGCACUAUUUCAGGGAGUGCCUGGAGAGAGCCUAUUGGAACAAACAUUGCAACCGCUGUGACAUGAAGGGCCACUAUGCUGAUGCUUGCCCAGAAAUAUGGAGGCAGUAUCACCUAACAACAAAGCCAGGGCCCAUCAAAACAGCCAGUGCCCACUCUGAGCGCUCUGUGUCCGUGUACUGCUACAACUGCUCCCGCAAAGGACACUUCGGAUACGAGUGCUCGGAGAAGCGGAUGCAGGGGAGCAUGUUCCCCACUUCUCCCUUCGUCUACUACUACGAUGAUGAAUGCGAUAUCAAGAGGAGAGCAAAUAGGUUAAAAAGAAAGGUGGCAGACCUGCAGGAAGCUGGCCUUCUGCCGGAACAGCCCGAAACACCAUGGCAGGAAGAACAGCUCAAGGGGCACAGCCACAAGAAAAAGAGCAAACCUUGGAAAGGACAACACGGGAAACUGAACAGGGAUGGCGAGCAGUACAAGAAGAUGAAGGUGUCCCAGGCAGGGAAAUCCCGAGAGAAGAUGAACAGGAGGGGUGUUGAAAUCCGCUGUGAUCCAGAGGGAGACUUCCCUCGGGGGUGCAAGCAGCAGCUGUGCAAGGGUGGCAGGGUUCGGCACAAGUCCAUUUUUCAGGCGUUCUCAGGCAGAAAGGCUGGGUGUGUGCAGGAGCCUCUGGAAGGUGUCAAAAGGAAGAAGAAAUGGAAAAAGCAGAAAGAUGCUAGUCCUGACAGCAAGGACAAUCUAUUCCUCAUAAAACAGAAGAGGAAGAAGUCCAAACAGAAAUCCUGGUAACAGGGGGAUGGGCAGGUAGCACUGGUAUUUGCUGGCUCUGGCUCUGCCUUCUCUUUAUUUCUGUCUCUCUCUUAGCACAUGAAUUUGAGCCCAUCCUUGAGCCAGCGUGCCGGACACAGACCACUCUGUCUCUGAGAACUGUUGCUGUGGCCAGUGGGUCCCGGUGCUCCCACGUGGGGUGGUUCCAGAACAGGCUGUAUGUUUCUUUUCUUUGCUUGGGGAUUGUGGGGGGCGUGCUGGAUUUGGCAGGGUCUGUUUCUUCACUGGUGAGAUGUGGUUCUGCUGUCAGAGCAGGAUCUGCUGCCAUCGAACACGGCGCCUUCGGAGCCGGCGCCAGGGAGACUUGCAUGAGGAGGGGUCAGGAUGGAGAGCAGGAACGUGGGGGGUAAAGCACAUACCCCCAGCCGUCAUUCCUCUCCAGAGCGCAGAGGGGAACUUGGCACUUUCCCUCCUUCCUGGAAGGGGCAGCCAAGUCGCUGCUUUGCACUCUGGGAUGCAGCAGUUUCCUGCCUCACACUCUCAUGUGGCACCACAAAUCCACUGCCCUCGGUGCUCGGCUCUCGGGGCUCCCCCGAGCCCCAUCCCUGCCCCUGCCAGCUGGGCAGAGUGAGCAGCUGGGCAUGGAACAGAGUUUACAUCUCAUACUAAAUCCGUCCUUGUUCCCCUUGAUGUGGAAGCUGUUUCUGGAGAAAAGAGAGCAGAGUAUGAAGAACAUACUUGAUUCCAGUCAUACUGUGCUAAAAUUUAAUAAUUUUUUUCAAAUACAGUUAUUUUUGUACACUGGAAUUCAGCGUGUUGUGUUAAGGUUUGUAAGAAUGAAAUGCUUCAUCAAAGGACUAAGCCAAAUAAAACUUUACAUGAGGAAUAUGA